AUGAGCAGAACUAAAUUCCCAACAUCGAUGAGCUCCUCUAAAAGGAAACAAGAGCAGAAGAAGGAUCAAGUGCCGUCUAGAAUGAUACAGACGUAUCUUUCCCGGAGUAUAGAAUCCAAAUCCAAAUAUACUAACAAACGGGUCGAAACGUAUAUAGGAAGCACAGGACAAAAGAAGUCUAUAAUUUUGAAAAAUGG